AUGACCUCUCCCACCACCUCCUCCUCGGCUCCUACCGCGGUCGAUGCUCCCGCCGGCCCCGGGAUCCUUGUGGCGCCGUCGGUCCUGGCGGCGGAUCUCGCCUCGUUGACGUCUUGCUCGCGUCGGGUCCUGGAUGCCGGGGCCGACUGGCUGCACUUGGACAUCAUGGAUGGGCACUUUGUCCCGAACUUGACCUUCGGCCCGCCGGUCAUCAAGAGCCUCUCCCAGGCCGAGGGCAUGAGCGCGGCCUUCUUCGACUGCCAUCUGAUGGUUGAGCGGCCGUGGCUCUGGGUGAAGGACCUGGCCGAAGCCCGGGCUGACAUGUUCACCUUCCAUGUGGAGACGGUCCUGCGGCCGGAGCUCGACGCCGGGGCCGCCCCCGCCCAGGUGCCGGUGGAUCUUUCGAAUACCCCGCUGGAGGAGCUGGAUCGCAAGGCGGCUUCGAGCCGGGACUUUGCGGCGGCGGUCGCCGCGCAGGUUGGCCUGACCACCGACUCCUACUUUGGCAGCCAGGAGGGCGCUUGCUCGGCCCUUGCCCUGCAUCGGCAGAUUACCAGCCGCGGAAUGCGCUCCGGGGUGGCCCUGCGCCCGAGCACUCCCCUGGCGUCGAUCCUGCACCUCUUCGAUCAGAUUGCCCGCGACACGGAAGACCCGGCCGCCUUCCCCAUGGUCCUGGUGAUGACCGUGCAGCCGGGGUUCGGCGGGCAGUCCUUCAUGGAUGACCAGCUGGCGCGCAUGCGCAUCAUUCGCGAGUAUCGCACCCCGGCCGGGACCCCGGUCGGCCGGCACAUCGACAUCCAGGUGGAUGGCGGGAUCACCGACCAGACUGUGGCCCGGUCGGCCGCGGCCGGGGCCAACGUUUUCGUGGCCGGGACCUUCGUCUUCCGGGAGGCUGACGCCGCCGUCCCCAUUGCUCGCCUUCGCACGCUGGCCCGCGAGUCCUUUGCCAACUGA